GAGAGGGCGAGAGAGACGAAGAGGAGGAAGCGAUGAACCCACUAACCCAAGUGAAGCGAAUUCAGAGCAUCAACGCUAAAGAAGCCGAGUUAGGGAUUUCAGAUAACGCUUCAUGGCACGCCAAGUACAAAGACUCCGCCUACGUCUACGCCGGCGGCCUCUCCUUUGAUCUCACCGAAGGCGAUCUCCUCGCCGUUUUCGCCCAGUACGGCGAGGUCGUGGAUUUGAAUCUUGUUCGCGAUAAAGCCACCGGGAAAUCGAAAGGGUUCGCUUUUGUGGCGUAUGAGGAUCAGAGGAGCACGAAUCUUGCGGUGGAUAAUCUAGGUGGUGCUGUAGUGAGUGGAAGGACUAUUAGGGUUGAUCAUGUGGAUAAGUACAAGAAGAAAGAGGAGGAAGAUGAGGAGGAGGAGCAGAGGAAGAGGGAGGAGCGCGGCGUCUGUCGUGCUUUUCAGAGAGGGGAAUGUACUCGUGGGGCUGCGUGUAGGUUUUCUCACAAUGAACAGAGAGCUGCAAACACAGGUUGGGGUGCUGAGGACAAAAAAUGGGGACAUGACAACUAUGAUGGUCCGAGAAAGAAGAACGAAGAGGGAGAUGAAGAGGAGAAGGAGAAGCGAGGCGUUUGCCGUGAUUUCCAGAGAGGUGUAUGUACUCGUGGAGCUGGGUGUAAAUUUUCUCACAAUGAACAGAGAGCUGCAAACACAGGAUGGGGUGCAGAGGACAAGAAACGGGGACAUGACAACUAUGAUGGUCCGAGAAAGAGUGACAAAAGAUAUGGUUCCAUCCCCUCAAAUCGUGUUCAAGAGCCUAGAGUGCGAGAAGAUUUGAGCACUAAUGAUGAAUUCAAGAAAGUACCAGACAGGAGGGCCUUGGAUGAAGAAAAGAGGUCAUCAAGAAGACGUGGUGAGGAUGUGGAACCAAGAAGAGAGGAUUAUGGUAGGAGGGAAGAAAAGAGAUCAAGAAGACAUGAAGAGUAUGAACGUCAGCCAAGGGGAAGAGAAUAUAAUGAUAGAAGGGAAGAUAGUAAAUCCAGAAGGCAAGGUGAAGAUGAACUUGAACCAAAGCCAGAGUCUGGAGAAGAUAAGAGACAUAGGAGGCAUGGUGAUGAUGCUGCAUUUGAGCCCAAGUCUAGAGAAGAUCAGGUCAGGACCAAUUAUGAUAGAAGAGUAGAUAGGAGGCCAAGAAAACGUGAUGAUUUGGAAGCUCAUGACAUGAGGGAAGAUCGUGAUAGGAUGGAGGAAAAGAGAUUGAGGCGACCCAGUCAUGAUGCAUUAGAACCAAAAUCACGAGCAAGUCAUGAUAGGAGGGAAGGAGAGAGAUUGAGAAGGCAUCCUGAUGAUGAAGUGCCUCCAAAGCCCAGAGAAGGUCGUCAGAAGGGAGAUUAACAAGGAAUCAAUUACCACUAAAGGCUGAACCAGAUAUGAGUUUAUUGGUAUUUCAGGGUAAACAUAUGUUGUCAUGGAUAGGAUUCUAUUAUUGGUCAAACUGAGAGAGCCAUGGUGUAGAACAUAUACUCAGGUACUUUACAAUUUUCACGCCUUCUUUGUACUGCUUCCUGUAAUGCAAUGUUAAAGAGUUUCUGGUAGAUUGUUUUACGUGGAUCCUGAUUUUGUUGCUGAUAAUAUGGUCCC